CGCGCAGCCGAGUGUUAUUCCGUCCCGCCCGCGCGGCGGUCGGUGCUCUGUCACCGCCCGCUGUGGCCAUGGCCCCAGCCCGUGGCUUGUAAAUUGGCGACCAGAGUUCCCGACGAGGCACUGGCCCUGAUGGCGGCAGCGGCGGCCUUGGCAGCGGCCGACCCCCCUCCCGCGAUGCCGCAGGCGGCAGGAGCCGGAGGGCCCACCGCCCGUCGGGACUUCUACUGGCUGCGCUCCUUUCUGGCUGGAGGUAUUGCCGGAUGCUGUGCCAAAACAACAGUUGCUCCUUUGGAUCGAGUAAAGGUUUUAUUACAAGCUCACAAUCACCAUUACAAACAUUUAGGAGUAUUUUCGGCAUUGCGUGCUGUUCCCCAAAAGGAGGGAUACCUUGGAUUAUAUAAAGGGAAUGGUGCAAUGAUGAUUCGAAUCUUUCCCUAUGGUGCAAUCCAGUUUAUGGCAUUUGAGCAUUAUAAAACGUUAAUUACUACAAAGCUGGGAGUUUCCGGUCAUGUGCACAGAUUAAUGGCUGGAUCCAUGGCAGGUAUGACAGCAGUUAUCUGUACUUACCCUCUUGACAUGGUGAGAGUACGCCUAGCAUUCCAGGUGAAAGGGGAACACACUUACACAGGAAUUAUUCAUGCAUUCAAAACAAUUUAUGCAAAGGAAGGUGGUUUCCUUGGAUUUUACAGAGGCCUGAUGCCCACUAUAUUAGGAAUGGCUCCAUAUGCAGGUGUUUCAUUUUUUACUUUUGGUACCUUAAAGAGUGUUGGGCUUUCCCAUGCUCCUACCCUUCUUGGCAGACCUUCAUCAGACAAUCCUAAUGUCUUAGUUCUGAAAACCCACAUAAACUUACUUUGUGGUGGUGUUGCUGGAGCAAUAGCACAGACAAUAUCCUACCCAUUUGAUGUAACUCGUCGGCGAAUGCAAUUAGGAACUGUUCUCCCAGAAUAUGAAAAGUGCCUUACCAUGUGGGAGACUAUGAAGUAUGUCUAUGGACACCACGGAAUUCGAAGAGGAUUAUAUCGUGGUUUAUCUCUUAAUUACAUUCGCUGUGUUCCCUCUCAAGCAGUGGCUUUUACAACAUAUGAACUUAUGAAGCAGUUUUUGCACCUCAACUAAAGAAAAUCAUGAUUUCUUUUCCUUAAUAUCUCAGAGGGAGAAAUAAAAUGUUACUUUAAUUUUGGGAGGAACAUUACUUGAAGGGGAUAUUUGCCUUGUCACAGGAACCACUGGUUUUUUAGUACUUGAUUUUUUUUUUUAUUCAUCACAAAUCAAAAGUGCUUACUGUGCUUUUUGAUGCCAAAAGUUAUACCUUAGAACAUUGAAAAAAA